AGUAUACACAAACGCAGUAUGACAACAGCCUAGCCUUGGGGUGGAUUAUAUAUAGAUUUAUAAAUAUGCCUAUUAAUUCAGUAGUAACAGUCAGGUAUGGUCCAUAUAAGUCGUGUGGUAUUGUCGAGCACAGAACAUUUCGCCUGGAAGGUUUACAAGCGGUCCUAAAAGACAACGGCCACCAGUGUGUCCUCGAGAAAACAGAUGACUGGAAUAUAGUAGAGCUUAUUGUGAAUGGAGAGUGCGUCUACACGUGCAACAUUACUGACCUCGAGUUUGGGGGUGAUGGACGACUUGAUCCGCGGUGCCAAGAGGCCAUUGACGCGGUGAGAGACGCAUACUGAACGCCAUGUCUAUGACCGUGUGCUCAAUGGAACACUAGCAUACUACGUACAGAAUACUACACAUAACGUCUACUAUUUUAUUUCGGGGGGAAAGUGACUAUGAGUGGAACUUUGGGCCUACACUAUUCUUAAAGUAUAAGUGAACCUGGUGGCGUUAUUCCAUUAUAAAUGGUAAACAAA